AUGACUGUUGCGGUAUAUAUAGUCAUCAAACUUAUUGGAUUCGCGGAUCAGUUGCCGGUAAAGACUCAGCGCCGCGACACGACUGGCCAUCGCUAUCGAGUGUCAGAUAGAUAUCGGUGUUACCUAUCGUUGACAACGUUUAUUACUAGACAAUCGGUCGGAAAGACAGUAAAAGUCGUAACAAUUCGUCGAUUCCGGCGAUCGAUAUCUUCCUUCUUCUCGCGUAUAAAUCCGUUUCAAAGAACUCAUUCCGUCGACAGUUCGUCGCCCAGAGACUUAUUCGGAAACGAUUACUCCCUAUUGGAACAGAUAGCGAUGGCCACAUCCGGUCCACCCGUCUCUACGAUACCCGCCAUCUGCGGUCUGGACGUCGGCUCCGAGAACUCGUACAUCGCUGUCGCGCGCGCGGGAGGUAUUGAGAUCCUGUUGAAUGAGUACAGCCAACGGUCGACUCCCGCGUACGUCGGCUUCGGGCAGAAUCAGCGCGAGUUGGGUGUGUCGGCCAAACUCAAACAGGCCAUGAAUCUGAGCAACACGUGCUUUGCUCCCAACCGACUCAUCGGCAAACAGAUGAAAGAGUUGACCGAAGAGUUCCCCUUUGCAGUGGAACAGACGGCUAACGGCGAGAUCGCUGUCCGCGUGUGGCAUAACGGCGAAGAGCAUGUGUUUACCGCCGUUCAGGUGAUGGCUAUGCUGUUGACGAAACUGAAACAGGUCUCGUCCAACGCCAUCGACUGUGUACUCAAUUGUCCCAAUUAUUUCACGGACUCUGAGCGCCGGGCGCUGAUGGACGCGGCACUCAUCGCCGGUCUCAACCCAAUUAAGAUCAUACCCGACACAACGGCCAUCGCUCUCUACUACGGCUUCUAUAGAGCGCCGGUUGCGGGUCAGGACACGACGAUCGCGGCGUUUGUGACCAUCGGUAACAGCUCUACCCAGUGUUCGGUUGUGUUGUUUAACCACAAGGAGAAUAACAUGAAAGUGUUGGCCGUUGAGUACGACCGCGACUGCGGCGGCAAACACUUUGACGAAAUACUGGCCAAUCAUUUCAUCGCCGAACAGAAGCUAAAGCUAAACAAGAGGUCACGCUUUCGGCUGAUAGCGGAGUGCGAGAAACUGAAGAAACAGAUGAGCGCCAACUCUAACGAUCUGCCCAUCAAUGUUGAGUGUCUGUACGACGAGAAGGACUUCUCGGCGCGUAUGGAUCGCAUACUCUUUGAACAAUUGGCUCAACCCGUGUUCCAGAAGAUUAACGACGUGUUUGUCCGGGCGUUCAACUCAGCCAACGAUAAGUUCAAUACAGACACCGGCGGCAAAUUGGGUGACUUCCGGGUCGACGUGUGCGAGAUUGUGGGCGGAACCAGUCGUAUACCGGCCAUCAAACGGAUGUCCAAAACGAUAUUUGGCGUCGACGUGACGACAACCCUCAACGCCGAUGAGGCCGUAUCGCGCGGUUGCGCCCUUCAGAGCGCUAUACUCGCGCCCACCUAUAAGGUCGCCCGACAGCUCCAGAUCCUGGACUUCGCGCCCUUUCAGAUCGACUUCCGGUACUGGACUUCGAUGGACGGCAACGAGUCGGACGCGAAGGCCGUGCGGAGUCUGUUCCCUCGCGGACACCCCAUUCCCUUCACAAAACAGGUGUCAAUCAAUUGUCAAUCGCUUCCAAUGAUAGCGGCCUUCGAUUACGUGAACGAUGCGAACCAAAUCGUGCCGAUCGGCGAAUACAAGAUCUAUUCCGAGCGCAACGACGUCUCCAUUCAGAAGAAUAAACUCCAAUUCCGACUCCGUCUCGACCCGAACGGUGUGGCAGUCAUUCAUUCCGUUUCCGUUACGAUCGACGCCAAGAAGAACGGCCCGAACGACAGUCAAUCGGACGACACGGACACCAGUAGUAACCAGAACUCCGCGCAACCCAUGGAGACGGACGACUCGCCGGCGCCGCCGCCCGCAGACAAUAAUGAGAACUCGACGAACAAUAAGGAACAACAGGACGGCUCCGACCAGAAGGCCGACGACAAGAAGAGCAAAAAGCCCAAAACAGAGACGAUAUACUUACAGGUGGAGCCCAUUUGGGUGAGAGGGAAGUUGACGGACACUGAAAUACAAAAGUUCCGGGAAAUUGAGUCGAAUCUGAUUCUGGCCGACAAGAACUGGAAGGAGAAGACGGACGCCAAGAAUGCGUUGGAAGAGUAUAUAUACGAGUGGAGAGACAAACUGGAAGGCGGCGGAUACGACCCCUUCGUUGAGGCCGACGACAAGACUGUGUUUAUGACUGAUCUGUCAGCCGGUGAGCAGUGGCUCUACGAACAGGAGGACAAUGGAGUCGUUCACAGCAAAAGCGUAUACGAAGAACGACUCCAGAAGAUGAAGGACUCCUACAGUCAGGGAAUACUCUAUAGGAAACGCGAGUUUGAGACGAGACCAUCACUAAUGGAACAGUUAGGCCGACAUUUGCAACAGUCGAGAAAAAUGGUUGAAACUCAGGAGGAAGUGGAGAAGGAGUUAAUCAAGAAGUUGGAGACACAGAUCGAAGAGAAGCAGAAGUGGUUGGAAGCGUCUCACGCGGCCUUCAACGCCCUCCGGACGACACACAACCCGACCAUCACUUGCGACGAGAUUCGCAAACAGACGGACGAACUCGACGUUAUUGUCCGCCAGAUAUAUAACGACAGACAUCGGAGGUCUGAGGAGAAGAAACGACAGGCGGAGGCGGCGGCUAAAGCGGCGGCCAAUCCUCCGCCGCCCACGCCUUCAAACAACGGCGACCAGAAGGCGGCCGACGAGACGAAGAGUCAAACGACUGGUGCGGCCGAUGAGCCGCAAAUGGAAGUGGACGGCGACAUCCAUCCAACCAUCUAA